AUGUCCAGACGACUUCCCCGGUUGGAAGAGAUUUCCCUUGAGACUUGGGAUCUCUCGGAUAUUCAUUAUGGAUUCUCUCAUGGUUACAGAUAUGCACAACACCUGCUUGCAGCACCUGGUUCUUUUAGGAACGUCAAAUCGAUGACCGUUUUCCAAGAUCGCAACGAGUACUUCAACGCGGUAUCUCGCCUCCACAGAGAGGAGCUUCCACGCAGUCAUCAAGCAACCGUAAUGACUCCGCCAGUCAUACCGUCGAGGUAA